GAUGAACAGAUUUAACUUGCGUAAGAAACAAAGAAUUAGUUACUACGAACAGGACGAGCCGCCCUUCGACGACUAUGUUUUUUGUCCUUCGUGUCGAGAUUAUGUGUACGAAUACUGCGCUAUACAUGGCCCGUUACUGAUCAUACCGGAUGAUAAGGUCCCUGCCGUAACAAACCUCCCCCCGAUAGUACCCAGGGCAGCCCUGACCGUACCAAGAGUAUUUCUGCAUUUAAAUGUAUCCACUAUUAGAGGCGCCGGUUUGGGAGUGUUCGCUACGAGAACCCUACCACGUAAUGUGCGGUUUGGACCGUACAGAGGAGUACGUAGUAAGGACGCUGCUUCAAACUACUGCUGGCAGAUAUACGACAAAGACCACAAACCCUCGCACAUGGUGGACGCCGCAGACGGGAACAACUCCAAUUGGAUGCGGUUCAUUAACUGCUCUAGACAUUGGAGUGAACAGAACCUCAUCGCGUUCCAGUACAAGGGAGAAUUGUAUUACUGCACAAUCAGAACUAUUCCCCGCAAUACGGAGCUGAUGGUGUACUACGGAAGUGAGUUCGCACAUCGCCUGCACGUCGAUAUCGGUCGAUAUAACUCUCCUGUAGACGAAUUUGUUAUACGACUAGCAGCUAGCUAUGAACACUACGAUAAAAUAUACGCAGAAUUGACCAAUCCAAGUAAUAAUAGUGGAACUCCAUUGCUUCCGAGUGGAACUCCGAAGCAUUCGGUUGAUUUGACGGAAAAAAAGAAAAUUAUCCCAGUUAAAAAGUCGAAUUCAAGCAAUGUUAAUGGACCAACGCACAAUCAAACUAUUGUUUCGAAGAGAACUAAUAAAAUACAUUCAGAUACAAAGUUUUAUGUCAGUAUCGUCAGUGAAACAACCAAUCAAUCUGAUAAAUUGAAAGAACAUAACACAUUAUAUAGAGAUAAAAAGUCUCAAUCGGAUAAUAUUACUAGAACAACGCCCAACGAACCUGAUGCUUCAAAGGUACAUAACACAUGUGAAAUAACUGAAUCCAGUUAUGUUGGCGGAACAAUGUCCAAUCAAUGUAGUUAUGUAAAGCAAGGUACAGGUCAACAUAAUGGUGAAAAACCAUACUCUCGUGAUGAGUGUGGUCAGAGUAUCACUGCAUCUGGUCAUUUGACGAACCACAAAAGAAUACACACCUGCGAUACACCGACAUUAAAAACUAGGUUAAGUUCAUGA